AUGACGAUUGAACAUGAUUUUAGUACUGAAGACAUACUAUUCCCUACCGAAAGCAUGAACACUAUGCAUCAUGCGGACAAUAGUUCUUCAAACAACAUAAACAAUGAUAUGAACCCUUAUUCUUUAGAUGUCAAAAACAGUGUUUUUGAUAGUGUCGAUACCAGUAACAUACAAAACCAAGAAACUCCAUUGACGAUGGGGUUCCCCCCAUUAUCCUUUGACUCUCCCCUAACUGCAACUGACACAUUAUCCUCCACUACUGAUAAUAAUCUACACCUGAAGUCCAAUAUCAACAAGAACUAUAACACGAGUAACAACGUGAACGACAAUGAGAACGUCAACACUAGCAACACGAAUACCGCUAGUUCAAACCAGUACACGACGCUCACAUCGCCAUAUCCCAUGAGCGAUCUUUUGUACAACAUGAAUAACUCUUUGCAAUCACCGUCACCUUCAUCGGUGCCCCCAAAUCCAUCCAACACCACCGUAAACCCGAAGUCAAACAAUGAAAUUAGGCCAUCACCACAAAUGUCAAACGGGAAUGAAACCCUCAUAUCCCCUCGUGCCCAACAACAAACUUCCAUUAACGAUGACCACCUGUCUUUUCCCAAUCCUCCUAAUACAAAUCUUUUCAUUGACACAAACCCCAACAACUUGAAUGAAAAAUUACGAAACCAAUUAAACUCAAACACAAAUUCAUAUUCCAACUCCACUUCCAAUUCCACUUCCAAUUCAACUGGCAAUUUGAACUCCAGUUAUUUCAACUCAUUAAACAUAGAUUCAAUGCUAGAUGAUUACGUAUCCAGCGAACUCCUACUGAAUGAUGAUGAGGAUAACGAGUUGUCACAACGAAGGUUUAGUGAUGUCAUAACUAAUCAGUUUCCGGCAAUUACGAAUUCUAGAAACUCUAUUUCUCACUCUUUGGACCUAUGGAACCAUCCAAAGAUAAAUUCGAAUAUUAAAAACUCAAGUACAGAUAAAAACCUUAAUAACUCCAACUCAAGUUCCAAUGCAAGUCCAAAUGCUACCAGCACUAACACAAACACAAACACAGGCACCACUGGAAACCCAAACAACAAUGACACUGCUAUAGACAAUGAACUGACGCAGAUCCUCAAUGAAUAUAACAUGAAUUUUAAUGAUAAUUUGGGCACAUCAGAUGCUAAUAAAAAUAAAUCUGCUUGUCCAGAUUCCUUUGAUGCUAAUACCAUGACAAAGAUAAACCCAAGCCAACAACUGCAACAACAAAUAAACCAAUUUCAACAGCAGCAAUUCACAUCUUCACAUAAUAACAGUAGCACUAAUAUGAAAUCUUUCAACAGUGACCUUAAUUCGAACAGACAAAGAGCUUCUUUACCCAUAAUUGACGAUUCAUUGAGCUACGAUUUGAUCAAUAAACAAAACGAAGACUCCAAAAAUAUCGUACUGCCGAACACUAGUUCAUCUUCGUCCCAACAAUUCAUUAAACCAUCUAUGAUUCUCUCUGAUAAUGCAUCUGUCAUUGCCAAAGUGGCAACCACAGGCUUGGGUAACGAUAUAUCAUUUUUGACAGAACAGGAUGAGCAAAAUGGCAAUGAUACCCCAAACUUUGAUCUAUGCAUGUCUCAAAUGAAUAUGACCCCGUCAUCGCCGACCUCAUCAUCUUCUGCCUCUCUUGCCACGAACCACUUCUAUCAUCAUUUUCCACAACAAAACCACCAUUCUAUGAACUCGAAAAUUGGAUCUUCUAUUCGAAGACGAAAAUCUGCGGUGCCGUUAAUGGGCACAGUGCCGCUUACCAACCAACAAAAUAAUAUAAGUAGUAGUAGUGUCAAUGCAAACGGAAACGGUGUUGGAGUCACAAAGGAAAGGAGACCAAGUUAUAGAAGGAAAUCAAUGACGCCAUCCAGGAGAUCAAGUGUCGUAAUGGAAUCAACAAAGGAACUUGAAGAGAAACCGUUCCAUUGUCACAUUUGUUCCAAGAGUUUCAAACGGAGUGAACAUUUAAAGAGGCAUGUAAGAUCGGUUCAUUCUAAUGAACGUCCAUUUGCAUGCCACAUAUGUGAUAAGAAAUUCAGUAGAAGCGACAAUUUGUCGCAACAUAUCAAAACCCAUAAAAAACAUGGAGACAUCUAA